AUGUCUUCCGGUCAAUCAGCAGUCGAGGCUGGAGCGCCAAAUCAGAAAUGGACGAGUGACCGUCCUGCUGAUUCUGGGUUCAACACUUCUCAGACAGACGAAACACCCGUUCCCUCGAAAGGUCGAAGAUUCGGUAGCAUGGAAUCAGACAAUGCUACGUUGGUAGCGGAAGUAGAUACACAUUAUGCGGCUCAGCUGAAACCAUCCAGGGUAUCUGGAAAAUGGUUAACCUAUAUGGUCACUUUCGUCGCUGGAACCGGUUUUACUUUGUUUGGUUACGAUCAGGGAGUUCUGAGUUCCCUUUUGACCCUUCCUUCGUUCGAGGAGCAAUUCCCUCAAACAGCAAAUGCGUUCGCCGAUAGUCAUCGAGCUGCUCUGCAGUCUUUUAUGGUUGCUAUCUACGAGCUUGGUUGUAUGGCUGGGGCACUAUCUAAUCUAUGGGUAGGAGAUCGACUCGGUAGACGACAUACCAUUUCCUUGGGCGGUAUAAUCAUGAUCAUCGGCGCGAUACUUCAAACUGCAGCUGUAGAUUACGCUAUGAUGCUAGUCGCGCGUGUGGUCACGGGUGUGGGAAAUGGUUUACUCACCUCCACGGUACCAGCCUAUCAAUCUGAAUGUGCUAAACCUCACCGAAGAGGUCAAUUGGUGCUCAUCGAAGGAUCUCUGAUCACUUUCGGAAUCAUGAUGUCGUAUUGGAUUGAUCUUGGCUUCUACUUCACCACCGGUUCAAUCUCUUGGAGAUUUCCCAUCGCAUUCCAAAUCUUAUUGGCAUUGAUCAUGAUAGUCUGUAUGUACGCAUUCAAAUUACCCGAAUCGCCAAGAUGGUUAGCCGCCAAGGGGAAGUAUGCCGAAUCACUUGCUGUAUUAGCAGCUUUGGAGAAUACCUCGGUAGACGACAAAAAGGUCAUUGCAACGUUUAACGGUAUCUGCGAUGCUAUUGCAGCCGAGUCUCAAGGUGGAUUCGGGUUCAAGGAGUUAUUAUAUAAUGGCCCAACUCAGAAUCUGAGAAGAACAUUACUAGGUGUUGUGGCUCAGUGUUUCCAACAAAUUUGUGGUAUAAAUCUGAUUACAUACUACUUGACAUCAGUUUUGACUGAUCUCGGACUCGGUCCCGAGAUGUCUCGUAUCAUCUCAGGCGUGAAUGGUACCUGUUAUUUCCUGACUUCGAUCGGUGCCCUGUUUGUUAUCGAGCGAAUUGGCCGAAGACCCUUGAUGUUCUGGAUGGCUGUGGCUCAAGCUAUAACCAUGGCAGUCCUUGCAGGUUUAUACGAUAUUGCAAAACAGCAAAACAAAGCAGCUCAAGUGAUUUCAGUACUCUGUCUGUUUCUGUUCAAUACCUGGUUCUCGAUUGGAUGGCUCGGUAUUACAUGGUUGUAUCCUGCUGAAGUAACACCACUAAGAAUCCGAGCUCCCGCUAAUGCUUUAUCGACCGCUUCAAAUUGGAUAUUCAACUUUAUGGUGGUCAUGGCUACAGCGCCAAUGUUCGCUAAUAUCGGUUGGGGUACAUACUGUCUCUUUGCAGUAGUGAAUGGCAUUAUCAUUUGCCCAUGCGUGUGGUUGUUCUUCCCCGAAACCAAGAAAUACUCUUUAGAAGAGAUAGAUAUAGUCUUUGCUUUGGGACACAGAGAAAAUAAAUCUCCCGUUUGGUACUCGUUGAGACCUGAAGAGAUUCCCCCUGCUGGUUCUAGAGAGGCUGAACAUAUUUUGGGUAAAAGUGGCCCUGCACACCCUGAUAUGUCUGAAAAGGCGGAAAGGGGUCAUAGAGGCAUGAGCAGAAUUAUCAAGGAGGAGAAGGAUAAACCUACUUCUCAACACAACGAGUUUGCAGCGAAGAAGGUAUAA